GAAUUUGAGUAACAAACUACUUUGAAUGCGCCUAAACCUCAGUGCCAGGUGCGUGUAUGAACCUGCGCGCACUCCAUUUCUAAAGAAAUCAAAACUGACUACAGAAGUGGACGUGAAACAAAGGAUUCUUAACCGGGAUUGUGCUUCAGCUAAACCAACAUCAUAAUGGAUGAGCUGGAUGAGACUCAGCUGAACGCCCAUGUGGAAAGUCUGAAGCAACAGCUGGGGUAUAAUAGAGAGAAAACAUCCGUCUCUAUUCCUGAGCUGGCUAAAUGGAUUGAGGAGAAAAUGGCCGAAGAUCCAUUUCUAAAUCCUGACAUACUGAAGGAGAACCCAUGGGUGGAGACAGGCAAAUGCGUGGUGCUUUAGCGCAACAACCUUCACUCAUCGCCAUGACAACAGGCAUGGCUCCACCCACUGCUAAGGUUGCACUUUGACUAGGAUGGAUAAAGUUGCAAAUGAAUUGGUUGUUAGUUAAUCUGGCUUGUUUACUUUAACCAGGCAAAGAAACAGAAAAACUGCCGUUAAUCAGUGAAAACAUGUAUUUAUAAAAGUGUAAACAACUUUACAAUACAAUAAAAAGACACGUGAAGGAACUGUAAAUUUUUACAAGAAAUGUUUAAGCUUAUGUAAUUAUACAGAACUAGAUUCAGAACAUUUUAUUUUUUUGUGCAUUCAAUAAAGUAGUCGUAAAUGAA